UUAGAAAUUGUUCCCAUUCGAGGAAGAUACUGGUAUUAUGUAUGUAUAUAAAUAGAGAAAGGGGAGCACUGUUGUAUACAAUAAGAUCGAUAAAAUGUUAAAAAUAAAUAUUUAUUUGCCAACUUUACAUAGUUGCCCAAAGGCUGUAAUACAUAGUAAUCAAAAAGAAGAAUACGAGAUACCAAAAUUAUGGUAAUGUUCAGGUUAUGUUUAUGUGUGGUUAUAUUUUCAUAACAAAACAAAAUAGUUUUAUAAGAGGUGCUGCCCUUACUUUCAAAUUUUGUUAAAAGUUUAGCAAAACAGUCCAUAUAAUUAACUGAAUACAAUGGGUGACAAUAGUGAUGAUGAAAUAAACGAAUCGAAAGAUGAAAUGGAAAUAAAUUUAACAGGGUUUCUUUUUGGUAAUAUAAACGAAUCGGGGCAACUAGAAAGUGAUGUAUUUGAUUAUGAUACACAGAAACAUUUGAGUUCGCUUGGGAGGCUAGGAUUAGGAAAUCUUUUAAAGGAAAUGAUUGAAGAAGAACAUGAUUUUCAUAGUGAUGAUUCUCAAAAAUCACAAGGAGAGGGUAUCGAAGAAAAGUCUCCAAAUGGGAUAGAUUUCUCAGAUAUAAGUGAAUUAGCUGAUGACGACGAGGAAGGAAUAAAAAAAGAAGUAACUGACAAUGAAAAGAAUACAUCCAACAUUGAAAUCUCUAAUGUACAAGAACAAAAUGAUUCCCAUUUAAUGCCUCCACCUCCCAUACCAACAACAGAAGCAUCAUCAGAAAAUGUAAUUAAUGGAAAUGCAGAUAGUCAAUUAGGUAGCACUACAGAAAAAAAACUUGAUACUCCUUUAGCAGCAAUGUUGCCCUCAAAAUAUGCCAAUGUAGAUGUUACCGAGUUAUUCCCUGAUUUCAGACAUGGAAAGGUAUUGAGAUUUUCAAGACUCUUUGGGCCUGGAAAGCCAAGCAGUUUACCACAAAUUUGGAAAAGUGUUCAGAAACGCAGAAAGAAAAAGAAGCACAAGGAAACUAACGAUAACCUACAUGAUUCUGAUUCCCAGUCUGAUGAGGACAUUCAUAAUCAUAAAGGAUGGAAUUUUAACUAUGCACCUACUCCAGCUUCUGAGCAAUGGGAUUCUGAUGAUGAAGAGAAAUUUUUAAAACCUCUAGAAACAGGAUCAAAAGAUGUAAAACAAGAAACACCAACAAAAGACGAAACUGGUCCCAAGGUAGCCGAUUGGAGAUUUGGGCCAGCACAAAUCUGGUAUGACAUGCUAGAAGUCCCUGAAACUGGAGACGGUUUCAAUUAUGGCUUUAAAAUUAAAGACAACAAUGAAGAAGAUAAAGAAAAUCAACCUAAAGAAGGUGAUGUAUUUCCAGAUGAUGCUUUCCUCAUGGUCACCCAGUUGCACUGGGAAGAUGACGUUGUGUGGGAUGGAAAUGAUAUCAAACAUAAGGUCUUGCAGAAAUUAAAUUCCAAAACCAAUGCAGCUGGAUGGGUCCCCAGCAGUGGAAAUCGAACUGCACAAGCUUUUAGUCAGCCUGGCAAAAGCAAUUUACCAGGAAAUUCAACUCGCAUUGCUCCAACGUCAACACCCCCAUUGCCCAGUCAGAAAUCUAAAGGACAGAUGACAUUAGCUAUCCAGAAACAAAGAGAACAAGAACAAGAUGAUACCUGGUAUUCAAUUUUUCCAGUAGAAAAUGAAGAUCUUGUUUACGGACGAUGGGAAGAUGAAGUAAUAUGGGAUGCAGAAAGUAUGAAACAAAUUCCAAAACCAAGCAUUUUAACCUUGGAUCCUAACGAUGAAAAUAUUAUUUUGGGAAUACCAGACGAUAUUGAUCCAUCAAAACAAGUUGCAGGACAGGCAACUCCAGUAAAAGUCAAAAUACCUCAUCCUCAUGUUAAAAAAUCUAAAAUAUUACUAGGAAAAGCUGGUGUUAUAAAUGUAUUGCAGGAGGAUACUCCACCUCCUCCACCUAAAUCUCCAGAUAGAGAUCCAUUUAAUAUUUCCAACGAUGUUUAUUAUCAGCCUCGGUCAUCAGAAACAAUAUUGCGCUUAAAAGUAGGUGGUGGCAAUUUGAUUCAACAUUCCACACCAAUAGUCGAGCUGAGAGCGCCAUUUAUUCAAACUCAUAUGGGUCCAAUGCGUUUGCGCAACUUUCAUAGGCCGCCCUUAAAAAGGUUUUCGUUUGGACCACUUAGCGAUCCUGGUCCUCAUCCAGUUCUGCCUCUUGUCAAAUAUAUAAAAAAAAAAGCUAAACAACGAGAAGCGGAAAGAAUGGCAUCGGGUGGAGGUGACGUUUUCUUUAUGCGCACUCCUGAAGACUUAACAGGAAGAGACGGGGAUUUAGUAUUUGUCGAAUUUUGUGAAGAGCAUCCACCUCUAAUGAAUCAGGUUGGAAUGUGUUCUAAAGUAAAAAAUUACUAUAAACGCAAAGCUGGAAAGGACACGGGACCGUCACAGUUUAAGUACGGAGAAGUAGCAUAUGCUCACACUUCACCGUUUUUGGGAAUUCUUCACCCAGGACAGUCAAUACAAGCAAUUGAAAACAACAUGUACAGAGCUCCAAUUUACGAGCAUCAAGUUCCACAAACUGAUUUUCUCAUUAUAAGAACGCGUCAGCAAUAUUACGUCCGAGAAGUCGACGCACUUUUUGUUGCCGGUCAACAGUGUCCGCUAUACGAAGUACCAGGUCCCAAUUCAAAACGAGCUAACAAUUUCGUUAGAGAUUUUUUACAGGUAUUUAUAUACAGAUUGUUUUGGAAAAGUGCAGAUGUUCCCGGAAGAAUUAAGAUGGAUGACAUCAAAAAAGCAUUUCCUUCUCAUUCUGAGAGUAGCAUAAGAAAGAGACUAAAGUUAUGUGCUGAUUUUAAGAGAACAGGAAUGGAUUCUAAUUGGUGGGUUAUAAAGCCGGAUUUCAGAUUACCAUCUGAAGAAGAAAUUCGAGCAAUGGUUUCCCCAGAACAAUGUUGUGCUUAUUUCAGCAUGAUAGCGGCAGAGCAAAGACUGAAGGACGCGGGAUACGGUGAAAAAUUCCUCUUCACGCCAGCAGAGGAUGAUGAUGAAGAAAUGCAGUUAAAGAUGGACGAUGAAAUAAAAGUAGCCCCCUGGAACACCACUAGGGCUUAUAUUCAAGCCAUGAAAGGAAAGUGCCUACUUCAAUUAACAGGUCCUGCCGAUCCGACUGGCUGCGGCGAAGGAUUUAGUUAUGUUAGGGUGCCAAAUAAACCCACUCAAAGUAAAGAAGAGCAGGAGUCGCAGCCUAAGAGGACAGUAACAGGAACUGAUGCUGAUUUACGAAGAUUGUCCUUAAAUAAUGCCAAGGCAUUACUAAGAAAAUUUGGCGUCCCCGAAGAAGAAAUCAAAAAAUUGUCUCGUUGGGAAGUUAUCGAUGUGGUGCGAACUUUGUCAACUGAAAAAGCGAAAGCCGGAGAAGAAGGUAUGGAUAAAUUUUCAAGAGGAAAUAGAUUCUCUAUUGCGGAACAUCAAGAACGAUAUAAAGAAGAGUGCCAACGUAUAUUCGACUUACAAAAUCGAGUCCUGAGCAGCAAUGAAGUACUGAGUACAGAUGAAGGCGAAAGUUCAGACGAGGAUAGUGACGAAGAUAUUGAAGAAAUGGGAAAAAAUAUUGAGAAUAUGUUGGCAAAUAAAAAGACCAGUACACAGUUGUCAUUAGAAAGAGAAGAACAAGAACGCCAGGAAUUAAGAAAAAUGAUAAUGGAAGGCAGCGAAAACGAGAAAAAGAACAAAGAUAAGAAAAAAGAAGAUGAUGAUGGUCAAGAUCAAUCACAAUUUCCACAGCAAGGUCGCGUUUUAAAAAUUAUACGUACAUUUAGAGACCAAGAAGGUAAAGAGUAUACACGAGUUGAAACUGUACGUAAAUCUGCGGUCAUUGACGCCUAUGUAAAAAUUCGUACCACUAAGGACGAACAGUUUAUAAGGCAAUUCGCCACUUUAGACGAAGCGCAAAAAGAAGAGAUGAAACGGGAAAAGAGGCGUAUUCAGGAACAACUACGACGAAUUAAAAGGAACCAGGAAAGAGAAAGACUGGCUAUGAACCAAAGUCAUAAUCAACAACAGCAACCGCAACCCACUCCCGCAGCGUCGACUUUUGAAACAAGCAAAACAACAUUGGAAGAUGUAAGAAGUUCAACAAGCACACCUACUACUCAGCCAGCAACAAGUAAACCUGCUACUACAACACCUCCAAAAUAUCGAAGAAAAACGAAGUUAAAACCUGACCUUAAAUUAAAAUGUGGAGCUUGUGGUAAUGUAGGUCAUAUGAGAACGAAUAAGGCAUGCCCACUAUAUCAAAAUUCCGGCACAGCACCUCCAGUCAACGUUGCUUUAACUGAAGAACAAGAAGAAGAAAUAGAAAAACAACUUAACACGGAUGAUGAAGACUUAGUUAAUGUUGAUGGUACAAAAGUUAAACUGUCAGGAAAACUUCUGAAGCAUGCUGAAGAGAUGAAACGUCGAACUUUAUUAUUAAAGGUACCAAAGGAUGCUAUGAGUUCUCGUAAACGCAGAAGAGGAAAUUCUGAUUUGCACUGCGAUUACUUAAAGAAGCAUAACCGACCAGCAAAUCGUCGUAGAACAGAUCCAGUGGUUGUUCUUUCUACUAUUCUCGAAUCAAUUUUGAAUGAACUUAGAGAUAUGCCAGAUGUUCAACCUUUUCUGUUUCCCGUCAAUUCAAAGCAAGUGAUCGAUUAUUACAAUAUAAUUCAACGUCCUAUGGAUCUUCAAACAAUAAGAGAGAAUCUACGUCAAAAAAAAUAUCAAAGUAGAGAAGAAUUUCUUGCAGACAUUAAUCAAAUUGUCGAAAAUUCCAGCCUUUACAAUGGACCGAAGAGUAGUCUUACAGUAGCGGCACAACGGAUGCUUAAUAAAUGUAUCGAGCGCCUAGGAGAAAAAGAAGAAAGAUUAAUGCGCUUAGAAAAAGCUAUUAAUCCUCUUCUCGAUGAUAACGAUCAAGUUGCUCUGACAUUUAUUUUGGAUAACGUUAUCAAUACCAAACUGAAGACAAUGUCGGAAUCCUGGCCUUUCCUCAAACCAGUAAACAAAAAAAUGGUCAAAGACUAUUACAACAUCAUCAAAAGACCAAUUGAUUUAGAAACAAUAUCCAAAAAAGUUGCUGCGCAUAAAUAUCACAGCAGACAAGAGUUUUUGAAUGAUGUCCAGCAAAUUUUGGAGAACUGUGUAUUAUACAAUGGCAAAGAAUCAGUUUUCACACAGAAAGCAGAAGUAUUAGUAAAAGUUUGCAAAGCAACCUUAGAUGAGUAUGAUGAACAUCUCACUCAGUUGGAAAGCAAAAUUUCUUUAACCCAAGAAAGGGCAUUACAAGAAGAUGAUAAUACGUGGAUGGGAGGAGAUGAUGAAAACUAUACCAUUGCUGAACCAGAUAGAACUAGUCAAGCAAGUUCACCAGAGAAUAUGUUUAUUACAAAAAGUCAUGUGGAAGAUUAUGAUUAUGUAGAUGUUGAAGGUGUAAUGACACCAAUGAUGGACCCUUCAAGUCCUCCAUUGAAAAUGCGUAAAAUCCGAGGAAGACCCAAGAAAAAAACAACUGCGACUUUGGAAGAAGAUCUACAAUUUUCAAGUGAAGAAGAAUUGGAUGAAGUACCUUUGCACGAAUUUGAAUCCGAAAAAAGUGGCAUAUUAAUUUCAGCAGAUUUGCCUGAACCAGGAGCAGACAAUGAUAGUCAACAAGUGGCCGAAGCCAUGGUACAGCUUGGGAAUAUGGGAUAUUACCCACCAAAUGAAGAGGAAAGUUUAGAUGUGGAUCCUAAUUAUGACCCUUCUGAUUUUCUCAUGGGAGGAUUACCUUUACGGAAAACAGAAGAAGUCAAAAUGGAGGAACCAAAGAUGGAAGAGGAAGAAAGAGUUGCUAAAAUACAUGAUGACUUAGCGGUUAGUGAAAGUGAUGAUGAAGGGGCCAAUAUAUCAACAUCCAUAACGGGACAAGGACAAGAUGAAGAUGAUGCUGGCGAUUUAUGGUUUUAAAUCUUAAUUCUCCUUACGUCAAUUUUGAAUUGCAGCAGUGUGCUACUAUUGACUUCGUUUAUUUUGGUUGUUUAAUUUGUUAAAAUCUUUAAUUUAUUAUAUAUACCGUUUAAAAUUAUUUAGAAUAUACGAUAAUUUAGAACUUAUAAUUUAGUAUUAAAAUUAAACGCAAAACAGUAACAAAAAAUGUGAACUUGAGUGCGACCGGGAAGUCAUACAACUUCCCAGUGGAAACAAUAAAAAUACCAUGUGUUCUAUUAUCAUUACUUUUAUUAUUGUUACAUUAUUGCUGUAUAUUCGUAUACUUUUCUUAUCAUAUUUUUUAUACGUAUGUUCCUAACAUACAAUAAUAUUACUCAGCAUCAGAAGAUGUUU